AUGAUUCUCCGCCUUGUAGCCGUACCCGAAUUAUGGGAUAUCAUUGCUCAAUGUCUUGCGCCAAUUGACCUGCUCCACCUGUCAUCUGUCUCACGAGCAUUCAACGCCAUCACAGAGAAAUAUCUUUACCGAAAGAUAACAUGGACCUGGGACCACAGCAAACCGGAUGCAUCUACGCCCAUCCAGCAGUUGUUACUCAACCUACUUCACCGACCGGAAUUGGCGUCAUUUAUCCGUGAAUUCAGCGUUCAAGAGAUCGGAUAUGGCCCGAAACCGCGCAUGCAUGCAGACUCGAUUUCUCUUCGAGACGCCAAUGUUGCGAUAAGCAGCCUGAUACGGGAAGCAGGAUUAUCGCCUUCAGAAGAUUGGCUCAAGAGGCUUUAUGACCUGGACGUGGAGACAAUUGUCGCGCUUAUUAUUCUGCAGUUGCGGAAUGUAGAGAUACUGGUGAUUGACAUGUUUCACCGUGAUGAUGGAUAUGGCUCACCGACACCGAAUUUCAGUCCCAUAGGGGAUGUGCUACGCCUGGCGUGCGAGUCUCAUUCGAUGACGAGAGCGACCAGACUCGAACGUCUGGAAGCAUUUAGUUGGCCCUCUGGAGAUUUUGACUGCCAUACAGACUUGAUGAGAAGGGGGGAGGUCUUGGACAUGCUGCCAGUCUUUCGGGCGUCUUGGCUCAGAGAAGUCGCGCUAAAACUCAGCUGUCCAGAGCCGCCACUUGACGCCGCGAUGCCUACAGUGUCGCCUUCGGAAUCCCUCACGAGUCUCACUUUGCGAUACACCACCGUUGCAGAAAGCUUUUUAAAGCAAUUGCUAUCCCAGAUGAAGAAUCUAGAGUUCUUUCGACUAGACUUGUAUCGGUCAGGGGAGGCGCAUAUCUUUGAUGGCCAAUCCAUCAGCCAAGGAUUGAUGCCAUGCCGCAAGGUUCUCCGUCAUCUGACCAUUCAUUGGGAAGCAUGCGACGACUACAUCGAAGUCGAUGUGCCCUCUUCGACACCUUUGGGCCCUUUGAAGGGAUUCUCUGCCCUCGAAAGCAUUGAUGCGACAAGCACCGCAGUGAUAGAUGAUGAUCUUACACUGGGGGAUGUCCUCCCGUCGACCUUGAAAGCUCUUGUGCUUCGACAAGGGCUAGAUGAUUUCAAUGUUUCUUGGGAGGAGGGGUUCAGUUCGACAUUGGAAGAGUUUGUCGAUUUGUCUCCUGUGCCGACACCGUGUUUGACAGAGUUGCGGAUUGGUGUGUGGCAGUUAUUGGAAGGUGAACGAGCAGAACAAGAUCUGAGAGAGAAAUAUCAGCAGAAUCAUGGGGUCGAGGUGUCCUUCUUCGAGCUUUAA